AUGAAAAAGGUUGUGGGUAAAGUUCAUUUCCUAAGCAUUAGAUUCAUGUUUCCUUCAAUAAGCAUUGCUAGCCAAUAUAUGCAUUCACCUAAGGAGGAUUAUAUAGCUGUUGUGAUGCAUAUUCUGAGUUACUUAAAGUCUACUCCUGGGAGAGGUUUAUUAUUUAAGAAAAAUGGCAACUUGGAUCUAGAAGGUUACACUGACGCAGAUUAUGCAGGGAAUAUUACAGACAGACGUUCUACAUCAGGUUACUUCACAUCUGUUCGUGGUAAUUUGGUUACGUGGUGUAGUAAGAAGCAAAACGUUGUGUCUCGAUCCUCUACAGAGUCUGAGUACAGAGGGAUUGCCCAAGGGGUUUGUGAAAUAUUGUGGUUGAGGUGGUUACUUACUGAAAUUGGGUUUAGACCGAAUGCUGCUACAAAGCUCCACUGUGAUAGUCAGUCUGCAUUUGAAAUUGCAAACAAUUCGGUGCAACAUGAUCAAACUAAACAUGUAGAAGUUGAUCGACAUUUCAUUAAGGAGAAGUUGAAGCAUAAGUUAAUUUCUAUACAUUUUGUGCCUUCUUCGGAGCAGCUUGCAAAUAUGUUGAGCCAUGUUGUGUCAAAGCGCCGAUUUGAAGACUCACUUGACAAGUUGGGCAUUACCGAUAUCUAUGCACCAACUUGA